AAAUUCGAGAUUGUAUCUAGGCUUUUAUUUUGCCCGGAAGUGCACUGUUGUCCCUUGGGUGGAGGAUACAAAAUCAAGGCUGUUGGAUUUCCAAAACAUAUAUCGUGGUAGCUAUGACGACGCUGGAUGAUAAGCUCCUGGGUGAGAAGCUGCAGUACUACUGCAGUAGCAGUGAGGAUGAGGAUAGCGACCACGAUGAAGAUGAAGAGGGGCCUAAAACCAUCCGUGACCAGGCAGUGCUGGAACCAGAGGUGGAGUACAGCGCAGAUGGCACUGCUGUUAACACAGGACCAAAGGGUGUGAUAAAUGACUGGCGGAAGUUCAAAAAGUUGGAGACCGAGCAGAGGCGGGAGCAGAAGAGAGAGAUGGAGAAACUGAUCAAGAAGCUGAGCCUCACCUGCCGUUCACAUCUGGAUGAUGAGAAGGACAAGGAGAAACAGAAGAAUGUACAGGACAAAAUCCGUGGCAAGCUUGUAGCGAAGGAUGCGGACGAGGAGUUGGACGAGGAUGAUGAAGAGUUCCUGGAGCAGUACAGGCAGCAGCGCAUGGCCCAGAUGCGGCUCGCCCUCGGCGGGGGCCGGCAGUUCGCUCAGGUGGUGGAGCUCAGCAGCGGGGAGGAGUUCCUGGCGGCGGUGGAUGAGGAGGGCCGCGGCACGCUGGUCAUCAUCCACAUCUAUGAGCCUGAGGUCCUGGCCUGCCAGGCCAUGGAGGGCUGCAUGAUGUGCCUGGCACAGCAGUACCCGCUGGUCAAGUUCUGCCGCGUGCUUGGCUCCGACAUCGGCACCAGUGCGCAGUUCCGCGCCUCUGCGCUGCCCGCCCUGCUGUUAUACCGCGGUGGCGAGCUGGUGGGCAACCUGGUACGCAUCAGUGACCAGCUGGGCAACGACUUCUACGCCACCGACGUGGAAGGGCUGCUGCAGGAGUACGGCCUGCUGCCUGACAAGUACGCCCAGACACUGGCCAACGCUGGCGCAAACGGAAGCAUCCGGAACAGCAACCUCGCUCAGCUCAGCGACUCCGACAGUGACCUGGACUUAGACUAGACCCCCCCACACACACCUGGACACUUUCUCAAACGUCCACACAUACACAUGCUCACAUAUGCACACCAACCACAAGCAUAUAAUCAUGGUUGUCGGAAUAGCCUUUUUUGGCUAAGGUGAGUGAGUGGACUGGGGGAGUCUCACCAGGGGUAUCAUUAGUCAACAUUUUCAGAGGCUUUUCUCUUCUAGCUUUCCUACCCAAGCUUAUUGAUAUUGAUACACAUAACAUGACGUGAUGGAUGUGGUGAAAGUCAACUACCAGUGUGUUUCUGUGAGCUACGUCUGCUCAGAGUAGCACAUUGGAUGUGUAGUUUGACAACUCCGCACUUCAGAUUGGUUAUUGUAAGUAUAUCCAUUCCCAUGAUUUUUGAAUAACUAUUGAAUGAGCUGUUAACUGCUCAGCGUAAGAGUAAAUUGGACCUGAUGAUGAUGAUGAUGAUGAUGAUGAUGAUGAUGUGAUGACUGAAGCUGCUAAACCUGCAGGUGGAGUCUACUGCAGACCAGACCAAUAGUAAGAUUUGCUUACCUGUCAGUUCAUUUCAGUUUUUUAAAAAAGAACUUUAUAAAUACUUUUUCUUGAAUUUCUCCACUAGUAAUUAGUCUGUUCAGCAGUCUUAGUCUUUCUACUUCAUGUGUAUAGCCAUUGGUCAUUGGUGUUAGGAGGGAACAUUUUUGUGUGUGUGUGUGUGUAUUUAUUCUCCUUAGAAUCAGGGUGCGUUAUGUGAAUCUGUUCACAUGUGAGAACAUAUCAAACAUCACUGCUUAUUAAGCUCUUGAAUUGUUCAGUUUCUCAUUUCAUAGACAUAAGUACAAACACUUAACUCAUGCCUGCUGAUCACCCUGGCACGAGUUCACAACCCUGUGAGAUGCCCUCCACAAUGUUGACUGUGUAUGUGUGUCAGAGAAAUCUCUACGAAUUCAUCACCUGAAAUUGCAAAUAUGUUCCUUAUGUAAAUUAGGUAAACUAUUUAUUCCUGAAAGCACGUGCUUAGUCUCUAAAAAAUAUUUAGUUUAGGACUGACCAAAGGUCUGUAUUAACUUUAGUUUGCUUGCUAUUAUGUUUGUUGGAUAUGUCUGUUUUGGAUUCUAUACCUUGAUGUGUUUGUGCAAAUAAAAAUGAAUAAUGACCAA